CCACCCCCCUCACCCAAGAAUCCCUCCUCUACGCCCUCACCAAGCUCUCCAAAUCCCCCCACCACGCCCUCUCCCUCUUCCGCCGCGUCGCCUCCGACCCCUCCUCCUCCUUCGUCCCCGCCGCGCCCGCCCACAACCUCAUGCUCCGCAUCCUCGCCCGCCCCGACUCCCUCCCCCAGUUCUGGUCCUUCCUCUCCUCCAUGUCCCGCUCCGGCCACUCCCUCGACCACGGCACCUUCCUCUCCCUCCUCGCCUCCUUCAAGCGCGCCAAUUUGCCCUCCGACCGCUCCGCCCUCGCCCAGUUCUACUCCCGCUCCGCCCUCCUCUCCGCCUCCGACGCCGCCCUCCGAUCCACCUUACACCUACUCUCCUCCCCCUCCGACCCCCCGUCCGACGAUCACUGGAACGAUGCAGUUGAAUCGAAUUUGAACGCAUUGAAUCCCCAAUUAUCCGAGGAUUUCGUCGCCAAGGUCCUCAGAGAGCUCCGCAAUCGCCCCCUCACGGCUCUGGGCUUCUUCCGCUGGGCCGGUACCCGUCCUGGCUACGCGCACGGCACUGUGGCGUACAACGCGAUGGCCCGCGCCCUCGGCCGCGGGGAAUCCAUCGAGCAAUUUUGGAGCUUGAUCGAGGAAAUGAAGCAGGAGUCGCGCGACAUGGAUAUCGACACCUACGUCAAGCUCUCGCGGCACUUCCAGAAGUGUUGGAUGAUGAAGGAGGCGGUGGAGCUCUACGAGCGCAUGAUGGACGGGCCCUACAAGCCGGCCGUGCAGGAUUGCGGCAUCCUUUUACGGCACAUCGCGAUGAGCAGCGCCCCGGAUCUCGAGCUGGUUUAUAGGGUGGUGAGGAAGUACGAAUCCGCAGGGUAUUCUCUUUCGAAGGCCGUGUACGAUGGGAUUCACCGGUCUCUGACGAGCAACGGGAGGUUCGGUGAGGCGGAGGAGAUAGUAGAGAAGAUGCGAAGCGAAGGGUUCGAGCCGGAUAACAUCACUUAUAGCCAGUUGGUGUAUGGGCUAUGCAAGGCUCGGAGAUUCGAUGAUGCGUAUAAGGUGUUCGACGAAAUGGAGGCCGCCGGAUGUGUUCCGGAUCUUAAGACUUGGACGGUAUUGAUUCAGGGGCAUUGCACUGCCGGAGAGGUGGAUAAGGGGUUGGAGUGUUUGGCGAGGAUGAUAGAGAAAAACUGCGAAGCGGAUGCCGACGUUUUGGAUAUCUUGGUUAAAGGGUUGUGUGGUAAGAGCAAGGCGGAAGGCGCUUACAAUCUGUUCGACGAAAUGGUUGAGAGAGCUCGUUUGCGACCGUGGCAAGCGACGUAUAAGCAUUUGAUUAGUGAGCUAUUGAAAGUGAGAAUGCUUGAAGAAGCAUUGAAGCUUUUGGGUUCGAUGAAGAAGCAAAACUUUCCGCCGUUUGCGGACCCGUUCCCUCCUUAUAUAGCCAAGUUUGGGACGAUUGACGAUGCACGGCAGUUUCUGAAAGCUUUGACGGUGAAUAAUUAUCCAUCCCCGGCUGCUUAUUUAAAUGUAUUCAAGGCCUUCUUUGACGAAGGAAGGUAUUCAGAGGCGCAGGAUUUGCUUUUCAAGUGCCCUCAUCAUAUUCGUAAGCAUGCUGAUAUUUCUAAGCUGUUUGGUUCCAUUAAACCUGAGAAUUCUUCUUGAUCAUAUUGCCUUUCCCUGUAUUUCGAAAUUAUGUUGUGAUUUCCGAGAUCUCAACUAUGAAUGUAGGAGUAUCCAUAUUUUGGUCUAAUCGGUUUCGUAACAUGUUUGUUGUUGGUCAAUAUAUUUACAUUAUGUUCACAGUUCCUUGUAUAUCACUUCUAUAGAUGUUGUAACGUAGGAUUCUUGUCUAAGUGAUACGGGACCAAAAUUCUUAUGUUCGUGGUUUCUAGUUUCAGUUGAAUUGAAUAAUCUUCUAUACA